AUGACGGAGCAAAAGGAAUUAGAAAACUAUUUGAAGCCAGAAGAAACAACAAGAAUACUAAAAAAUGUUGGCGUUAUUUCUGUAACUUUCAUGGUGUAUUUCACAGCAUACUGUGGUACUACAAACUUACAAAGUUCUAUCCAUGCGGAGGCGGGUCUUGGAACCGCGUCGCUUGCAGCAUUAUUCUCUGGCGCCUUAUUGUCUAAUAUUUUUUUGACAUCUGUUGUUAUGAAGUGGCUAGGUGCAAAAUGGGCAAUCUGUAGCGCUCUCACAGCAUACUUACCCUACAUAGCAUCUCAAUUGUAUCCCACAUUCUACACAAUGGUUCCUGCUGGCUUUCUGUUGGGUCUCGGCGCUGGUCCACUUUGGUGUUCCAAAGGCACCUACUUAUCGACGAUUGCAAAAGCCCAUAGUUCCUUAACAAAAAUACCAGCUGAAACACUACUGCUACGUUUUUUUGGAUUUUUCUUUAUGAUAUUCCAGAUGGGACAAAUUUGGGGCAAUCUUAUUUCCUCAUUAGUGAUAUCGAUGAAUAAUAAAGCAGCGGUGACUUCAGUAAACAAAACAAUGAUACCGAAAUUAUGUGGCGCUAACUUCCUACCGUUUAAGGACGCUCAUGAGGCUCUACCAACACAGCCACCCGAGAAGAUACAAAUACUUACAGGUAUUUUCUUUGCGUGUGUACUUGGGGCAGUUUUUAUAGUUGCUGUAGGAUUAGAUUCUAUGAAGAGGUAUGAUUUCUGUCGUAAGAACGCUGGCAGUAGUCUGUCAGGGCUAGCCCUUCUCGCGGUAACCUCGAAGAAUUUAGCUGAUCGCAACCAAGUGCUGCUUAUCCCCAUCACUAUAUUUAUCGGACUUAACCAAGCAUUCUUUGGUGCUGAUUUUAAUGCCUCUUUUGUGUCAUGUGCAAUCGGUACCGGUUCAGUAGGCUAUACUACAAUGACUUAUGGGCUGUCUCUUGUAUUGGGUUCUUACAUCACUAGCUAUGUGGCUAAGUUGUUUGGUCGUUUGUCGCAAAUGAUAUCUGCAUUCUUUAUUCAUGGAGGAAUAUUCAUUGCAAUACUGUUGUGGAGGCCUCACGCUGAAGAUUACUAUAUUAUGAUUAUCAUCGCUGUACUAUGGGGAAUGUGUGAAGCUAUUUGGGUGGUACAGCUUAAUGCGUAUUAUGGCUAUCUAUUUCGAGGAAAAGAAGAAGCGGGAUUCUCCAAUUUGCGACUGUGGGAGGCAGUUGGCUGUAUUAUCUCCUACGUCCUGUCUUCAUACGUGAGAACGCGCUACAAGAUCUAUGUACUUCUGUGCUUUUUGUCCACUGCUCGACAUAGGCCUCUCCUGAGAAAGGAGGUUUUGGCUUACCUCACCACGCUGGUCAGACGGGUUGGAAUAGGGUUUGUGUCAGACCGCCUCGGGGAGGUGUUCGACGCUAGCUUGGCGUCGGGACGUUUCCCUGAGUGCUGGAAGAGCGGGAAGCUGGUCCUAUUAAAGAAGCCGGGACGGCCUGCCGAUUCGGUCGCGGCCUACAGGCCCAUCGUGCUGCUGGACGAGGCGGGUAAAUUGUUUGAGAGGGUUCUUUCUGCCCGCAUCGUCCGGCACCUCUACGAGGUGGGCCCCGAUCUGUAG